UCUUUCAAAAAAGAUGAUAAAAGAUUAAUUCUUUGUUUGAAAUUAAACCCUUUGCUUCUCUCUCUCUACUCACUCCUCUGUUUUUCUAUAGUAAACUUUCUCUUUCUCUCUGCUUUCGCUGUCUCUGGUACUUCCUACACUCCUUGUCUGUGUGAACUGUGAAUCAACCGUUCUUGAUUUCCAGAAACACCCACACAAGACCAAGUGUUGUUUUCAGGUCAUAUACUAUGUAAAAUCUCUCUCUGCUUAACCAGAUUUUCUGCUUAACCAUUCUGAUUUUGGAACAAUGGGAGGUUGUGUGUCGACUAGUAGUAAGAGUACGUGUAGCAGCUGGAGCAAUGGAGAGAAGCCAAUGCCUCGUCCAUAUCUUGGGAUCGGUUGUUGUGUGAGCAAAAGGGCGAAGAGAACGUUUUCAGACCAUAUCCUCUCACUCCAGAACUUGGCCUCUAUACCAAACCGUAUCAUCACCAGCGGCAAGAGCAGGAGCUCUUGCGUUUUCACUCAACAAGGACGCAAGGGUAUUAACCAAGACGCCAUGAUUGUGUGGGAAGAUUUUAUGUCUGAGGAUGUGACCUUUUGUGGUGUAUUCGAUGGUCAUGGUCCUUUUGGUCAUCUUGUUGCUCGUAAAGUGAGAGAUACGUUGCCUGUGAAGUUGCAGUCUUUCUUUCAUGCGCUUCAGUCAAAGCAAAACGGUCGGUUCAGAAGAAGUUCAAGCAAAUCAGCUGUCCAGGAAGCUGUUAAAGAAGGUUCUGAUGAAGAUAAACUAAAAGGCUUGUGGGGAGAAGCUUUCUUUAAAUCAUUUAAGGCCAUGGACAAGGAACUGCGGUCUCACCCUAAUGUGGAUUGUUUCUGUAGUGGUAGCACUGCUGUUACAAUUCUCAAACAGGGGUCUAAUCUCUUCAUGGGGAACAUUGGUGAUUCUCGAGCCAUUCUUGGAUCAAAAGACAGUAAUGAUACCAUGGUAGCAACUCAACUAACUGUUGAUCUGAAACCUGAUUUACCGAGGGAAGCUGAGAGGAUCAAACGGUGCAAAGGCCGUGUCUUUGCUCUGCAAGAUGAGCCAGAGGUGUCACGAGUUUGGCUACCUUUUGAUGACGCUCCUGGACUGGCCAUGGCUAGGGCGUUUGGUGACUUCUGUCUGAAAGAGUAUGGAGUCAUUUCGAUACCUGAGUUCACUCACCGUGUCCUUACUGACAAAGAUCAGUUCAUUGUUCUUGCCUCAGAUGGAAUAUGGGAUGUGCUAAGCAACGAAGAAGUGGUUGAUAUUGUAGCUUCAUCUUCAAGCCGUGCAUCAGCAGCUAGGAUCUUGGUGAACUCAGCUGCACGUGAGUGGAAACUGAAGUAUCCAACUUCAAAAAUGGACGACUGUGCAGUUGUCUGUCUGUUUCUUGAUGGGAAAAUGGAUUCUGAGUCGGAUUACGAUGAGCAGGGCUUCUCUUCAGCCACAAAUGCUGUGGAAUCAGAUGAUGGGCAGAGAUCAGAACCGUGUCUACAAAGAAACUUCACAGUUAGAUCAUCAUCAGAUCAAGAAAACGAGACGUAUGGUAAUAAUGUGAAUGCAGAUACUGAGGGAGAAGAUGAGAAAACUGUGGGAGAUCAAAACUGGUUGGGGCUGGAAGGUGUUACAAGAGUGAACUCUCUCGUCCAGCUCCCGAGAUUCUCCGAAGAGUCCAAGACUUGAGAUUAGAUUCUUAAUGUUGUCCUGAGUUGCACUGAUACAGAGAACUGGUCUUGAGGAAAAACUGUACUUUGUUGUUGUUGUUAUGCCUGAAAAUUGUGAGCCACUCAUCUAUUUUUUUUUCUUUUCUUGGCUGGUGUUUUGUGUUUGAUAUAUUGCCUCAUUGAUUCUCUCUCGGAAUCCAUGAACCAAAUGUAUGUAUACAUGUUUUAGGCUUUUAUCUUAUAUAAGAAGAAAAAAGCUUUGCUUGAA